AUGUCAACCCGAUGGUAUCCUAUUUAUCAACGCGGUAAUCCCCAACUGCGAGUAUUUUUGCCUAAUUUUUGGUUGAAGCUCUUGCGGCCUGAAUGCAAACAGCCUCCCAACGUUGUGCAGUUCGAGUGUUCCAUGGAAAUGACCCGGCACGAUGUGAAAAACUACUUAGAAAAGUUAUACAAAGUUCCCGUCGUAAGCGUCCGUACGCGCAUUGCUUUAGGCAAAACCAAGCGAGACCUGGUACUGGGAUACAUCACGAAGGAAGAGGAUGCCAAGCUUGCCUAUGUCACUUUGCCAAAUACUGUGAAAUUUGAAUUUCCGGACAUCUUUCCAACAGACGCAAAGCAGAAAAUCGAGGACGAUAAGAAAUCCCUUGAGGAUGCAAAGAAAAAUCACAAAAAGUUUUUGGAUAAAAAUAAAGACCGGCCCGGCACACCUGGUUGGUUUUCCAUAUAA